CUGUCUGUUCAUCUUCACCGAAUCCAUUUUCUGUUCCGCACAUCACAGGUUAAAACAUCGGAAUCAACCACUUAACUCACCAUCAGAAUUGUCAUAGCCAAAGCCAAAGUUUUCUUCUUCUUCUUUUUCUCAGCAUCCGUGAAAGCUCACCAAUCGAUAAACAUGGAGAGGAUCGUUGGCGGAAAGUACAAGAUUGGUCGGAAAAUCGGUAGCGGCUCAUUCGGUGAAAUUUAUAUUGCCUCAAAUAUCGACACCUCUGAGAUUGUCGCCGUUAAGAUGGAAAACAAGAAGACCAAACAUCCACAAUUAUUGUACGAGGCCAAGUUAUACAAUAUUUUUCAAGGAGAAAGUGGUAUUCCAAGUAUGAAAUGGUGUGGUACUGAUGGAGAUGAUAAUGUUCUAGCUAUGGAUCUUCUAGGAAGAAGUCUCGAGGACCUUUUUGUCUAUUGUGGCAGGAAGUGUUCAUUAAAAACAGUUUUGAUGUUGGCCGAUCAGAUGCUUACAAGAAUAGAGUACUUGCAUUCCAAGGGAUUUUUGCAUAGGGACAUCAAACCAGAUAACUUCCUUAUGGGUCUUGGGAGGAAAGCAAGUCAGGUUUACAUUAUUGAUUUUGGACUUGCAAAAAGAUAUAGGGACCCUAACACAAACAAGCAUAUUCCUUACAGAGAAAAUAAAAACUUAACAGGGACUGCGCGUUAUGCAAGUUGCAAUACUCACAAAGGAAUUGAGCAAAGUCGUCGCGAUGAUUUGGAGUCUCUUGGAUAUGUUCUUAUGUACUUUUUAAAAGGAAGCCUUCCUUGGCAGGGCCUGAAAGCUGUCAGCAAAAAAGAAAAAUAUGAUAAGAUUUGUGAGAAGAAGUUAUCAACUCCCAUUGAGAUGCUUUGCAAGUCAUUUCCCGUGGAGUUCGCUUCUUACUUUCAUUAUUGCCACUCUUUGACAUUUGAUCAACACCCAGAUUAUGGAUACUUGAAGCGCCUGUUUCGUGAUUUGUUCACUCGUGAAGGAUAUGAUUCUGACAAUGUAUUUGACUGGACCGUCCUAAAAUAUCAGCAGAGGCAACAGACAGAGAGACAAAAUCAAUCAUCUCCUUCAGCUGCUGUGCCUAGCAGUCUAGAACCAGUGGUUGUGGAUAAGCAUAAAGGAGUCAAUGAUUCAGCUCAAAUUAGUGUAACAAAACUGUUAGCCAAUCUUGAUCCACCAAGUGCACGUGUGCAGCCUAAGCCAUCUAAUGUUCGGAAUCUGAAUGCCAAGAAUCAGACCGAGAAACAUAAUGUGAACAAUGGUCCAUCUACUUCAUCUGCAAUGCCCAGUUCCUCUACAGAAAAUGUCUCAAAACCUGCAACCUCAAACCUGGGUCGUGUAUUUGGGAGUAAUCCUCGUGCUUCAAGCAGCUGGAUUCCUUCACUACGCCGAAUUUCUUCAACCAAAUAGUAGGAUUUUGAUGAAGUCACUUGGAGGUUUUUUUUUUUUUUUUCACUGUUGCAUAUGUCAUGGCACUCACUUAACCGUAGGAACAGCAGACAGUUAUGACAAGCAAGAACCUAUGACAUAACAAACUUCCUGCACAUGACAUCAUUUUACCUAAUGUACUGGCGGGUACAUCAUGCUGAAAAGUGGUGGAUGGCCCAAUUUUAAGAGUAGGGAAAGUGGGGAAGUAACGAGGUUGAACAAUUUGGAAGAACAAGGUAUGCUGGUUGAUGUCCACACAGGUCUCAGGGUCAUCAUCUGUAGACCUUAAAAAUGUGAGAGGUAGUUGGGCGGGUUUACAUUUUCUCUACAAUUAUGAUGAGAAAAACAUGCAUGGUUGAGGGGAAGCCAUUUGUCCCAGUCAUCAAUUAAUCACCUUUUGUUUUUUCUUUCAAGAAUUUCAGUACACAAAUUUGGUCGUUUUUUCCUGUGUACAGUUAGGUUUGUUAGGAUAUGAAUACAAUCAAAUUGUACCCCUUCCCCAACAA